CCGCCGCCGCAGCCGCCGCCUGGGCCGCCCGUGUCCCCGGUGGAGCCGCUGCCGCCGCCGCCGGGAGCUCGAUGCGGACGGAGCCCGGGCCGGGCCAUGGGGAUCCUCAGCAUCACGGACCAGCCGCCCCUGGUCCAGGCCAUCUUUAGCCGAGAUGUGGAGGAAGUGCGUUCCCUCCUCUCGCAGAAGGAGAACAUCAAUGUGCUGGACCAAGAGAGGCGAACCCCACUUCAUGCUGCUGCCUACGUAGGCGAUGUCCCCAUCCUCCAGUUGCUACUGAUGUCAGGUGCUAACGUCAAUGCUAAGGACACACUGUGGCUGACCCCUCUUCAUCGUGCUGCUGCCUCCCGAAAUGAGAAGGUGCUGGGAUUGCUGCUGGCACAUUCAGCAGAUGUGAACGCCCGGGACAAGCUGUGGCAGACACCAUUGCAUGUGGCCGCUGCCAACCGGGCCACCAAGUGUGCUGAGGCUCUGGCACCAUUAUUGAGCAGCCUCAACGUGGCUGACAGGAGCGGGCGCAGUGCCCUGCACCACGCAGUGCAUAGUGGGCAUCUGGAGACGGUGAACCUGCUCCUCAGUAAGGGAGCCAGCCUGAAUGUCUGUGACAAAAAGGAGCGGCAGCCUCUGCACUGGGCGGCUUUUCUAGGGCAUUUGGAGGUCCUGAAACUGCUGGUGGCACGGGGAGCAGACCUUGGCUGCAAGGACCGCAAGGGCUAUGGGCUGCUCCAUACAGCUGCUGCCAGUGGCCAGAUUGAAGUGGUGAAGUACUUGCUACGGAUGGGGGCUGAGAUUGAUGAGCCCAACGCUUUUGGAAACACAGCUUUGCACAUCGCCUGCUACCUGGGCCAGGAUGCUGUGGCUAUCGAGCUGGUGAACGCAGGAGCCAAUGUCAACCAGCCAAAUGACAAGGGCUUUACACCACUGCAUGUGGCUGCGGUCUCCACCAAUGGCGCGCUCUGCUUGGAGCUGUUGGUCAAUAACGGGGCUGAUGUCAACUACCAGAGCAAAGAAGGGAAAAGUCCUCUGCACAUGGCAGCCAUCCAUGGCCGUUUCACCCGCUCCCAGAUCCUCAUCCAGAAUGGCAGUGAGAUUGAUUGUGCCGACAAAUUUGGGAACACGCCACUGCACGUGGCCGCUCGCUAUGGACACGAGCUGCUCAUCAGCACCCUCAUGACCAACGGCGCGGAUACCGCCCGGCGUGGCAUCCACGACAUGUUCCCCUUGCACUUAGCUGUUCUCUUUGGAUUCUCUGACUGUUGUCGUAAGCUUCUUUCCUCAGGUCAGCUGUACAGCAUUGUAUCCUCACUCAGCAAUGAGCACGUUCUUUCAGCUGGGUUUGACAUCAAUACACCUGACAACCUUGGCCGUACCUGUCUUCAUGCUGCUGCUUCUGGAGGGAAUGUUGAAUGUCUUAAUUUGCUGUUGAGCAGUGGAGCUGACUUGAGGAGGAGAGACAAAUUUGGAAGGACCCCACUGCACUAUGCAGCCGCCAAUGGCAGCUACCAGUGCGCCGUCACACUGGUGACCGCCGGGGCAGGCGUCAAUGAGGCUGACUGUAAAGGUUGCUCUCCGCUCCAUUACGCUGCCGCCUCCGACACCUACAGGAGGGCGGAGCCCCACUCAUCUUCCAGCCACGAUGCUGAAGAGGACGAGCCACUGAAGGAGUCCCGCAGGAAGGAGGCCUUCUUCUGUUUGGAAUUCUUACUGGAUAACGGUGCAGACCCCUCCCUGCGGGACAGGCAGGGCUACACAGCCGUGCACUAUGCAGCCGCCUAUGGCAAUAGACAGAACCUCGAACUGCUCUUAGAAAUGUCCUUUAACUGCCUGGAGGAUGUAGAGAGCACCAUUCCAGUCAGCCCUUUGCACUUAGCUGCCUACAACGGUCACUGUGAAGCCCUGAAGACACUGGCCGAGACGCUGGUGAAUCUGGAUGUAAGGGACCACAAGGGCCGGACCGCGCUCUUCCUGGCCACUGAGCGAGGCUCCACUGAGUGCGUGGAGGUGCUAACGGCCCAUGGCGCCUCUGCCCUCAUCAAGGAGCGCAAGCGCAAGUGGACACCCCUGCACGCUGCUGCUGCCUCUGGCCACACUGAUUCCCUGCACUUGCUGAUCGACAGUGGGGAAAGAGCUGACAUCACAGAUGUCAUGGAUGCCUAUGGACAAACCCCACUGAUGCUGGCCAUCAUGAAUGGCCACGUGGACUGUGUACAUCUGCUGCUAGAGAAAGGAUCCACAGCUGAUGCUGCUGACCUCCGGGGCCGCACUGCCCUCCACCGUGGGGCAGUGACUGGCUGUGAGGACUGCCUGGCCGCCCUGCUGGACCACGAUGCAUUCGUGCUGUGCCGAGACUUCAAGGGCCGCACGCCCAUUCAUCUGGCCUCAGCCUGUGGCCACACUGCAGUACUGCGGACCCUGCUGCAGGCUGCCCUUUCCACAGACCCCCUGGAUACCGGGGUGGAUUACAGCGGAUACUCGCCCAUGCACUGGGCCUCCUACACUGGACAUGAAGAUUGUCUGGAGUUGUUACUUGAACACAGCCCGUUUUCAUACCUGGAAGGAAACCCCUUCACUCCUUUGCACUGUGCAGUAAUUAAUAAUCAGGACAGCACCACAGAGAUGCUGCUGGGAGCUCUGGGUGCCAAGAUUGUGAACAGCCGAGAUGCCAAAGGACGGACCCCUCUUCACGCCGCUGCCUUCGCGGACAACGUCUCUGGGCUCCGGAUGCUGCUGCAGCAUCAAGCCGAGGUGAACGCCACUGACCACACUGGCCGCACCGCGCUCAUGACGGCGGCUGAGAAUGGGCAGACCGCUGCUGUGGAAUUUCUGCUGUAUCGAGGGAAGGCAGACCUUACUGUGCUGGAUGAGAACAAGAACACUGCCCUCCACUUGGCCUGUAGCAAGGGCCACGAGAAAUGUGCCCUCAUGAUCCUGGCAGAAACCCAAGACCUUGGCCUUAUCAAUGCUACCAACAGUGCGCUGCAGAUGCCCCUACACAUUGCCGCCCGGAACGGUCUAGCUUCUGUGGUGCAGGCCCUGCUGAGUCGUGGGGCCACAGUGCUGGCUGUGGAUGAAGAAGGUCACACCCCGGCAUUGGCCUGCGCCCCCAACAAAGAUGUGGCAGACUGCCUGGCCUUGAUCCUUUCCACCAUGAAGCCUUUCCCACCCAAGGACGCCGUCAGUCCUUUCAGCUUCAGCCUGCUCAAGAACUGUGGCAUCGCAGCAGCCAAGACGAUGGAUGCAUCCUGCACCCUCCAGGCCCCUCCUCCCCAUACCUGCUUUGAGCCCUCCUCCUGCCACAUCCUGGUUUUCUAUGCUGUUUUGGUGCAAGUACAACUGUCGUAGUCAUGGCUUUGGGAUGGGUUCUGUUUAUUAAAAUCCUGUUGCUCCUACUG